AUGGAGAUUGAAGGAGUACAAGUGAUAAUGGUGACCUUAGCCUUGCAAGGGCACAUGAAUCCCAUGCUCAAGCUGGCCAAAGUGCUCGUAACAAAGGGCGUACAUGUAACCCUUGCCACCAAUGAUGUUGCCCGUAAGCGGAUGCUAGACUCCAAAAUCUCCACCAAGUUCACCAGCACCAAAAACUCCUCCAGUACCUCCAAUAGCCCUGGACUCAAUCUAGAGUUCUUCUCCGAUGGUCUUAGCCAUGACUUUGAUCGUGACAAGGAUACUGGCACGUUCAUGGCUUCACUUAAGACACACGGACCCCGGAAUCUCUCAAAUCUCAUUGCUGAUCUCAAAGCUAAUGGUAAUAAAUUCUCAUGCCUCAUUUCCAGCCCCUUUAUCCCAUGGGUACCAGCUGUUUCUGCUGAACAUGGGAUUCCUUGUAGCAUUCUUUGGAUCCAAUCUUCAACCGUUUUCUCCAUUUAUUGUCAUUGUAUUAAGCGUCCAGACUUGUUUCCCAACUUGGAAAACCCUAAUGGGAGUGUAGAGUUGCCUGGAAUGCCAGGGUUUACGGUGGGAGAUCUUCCAACUUUUAUGCUUCCUUUUAGUCCUGCUCACUUUCAGCUAUGGGUUGUAGAAUUCGUUUCAGUUUUAGAUAAGGUAAAAUGGGUUUUAGGAAAUUCGGUUCAUGAGCUGGAAGAGGAGAUAGUGAACUCCUUAGCUUCAGUGAAACCGUUCUAUCCCAUUGGUCCACUGGUGUCACCAUUUCUUCUAGGAAAGGAAGAAACUGUUGUUGGAAGUGUUGAUAUGUGGUGUGCUGAAGAUUCUUGCAUUGAAUGGCUUGACAAGCAAUCGCCUGCCUCAGUCAUUUACAUUUCGUUUGGAAGCAUCAUUAUGUUAUCAGUGCAGCAAAUUGAAAGCAUUGCCAUGGCAUUGAAGAAUGUCAGCAGGCCGUAUCUCUGGGUUGUUAAAGGUUCAGAGGCGAGAAAAACUGAAUUCCCACCUGGAUUUUUUGAAGAGACCAAGGAGAAAUUAGGUCUAGUUGUUUCAUGGUGCCCUCAAGAGAAAGUGUUAAUGCACAAAGCUCUGGCUUGUUUUGUGACACAUUGUGGGUGGAACUCGACCCUGGAAACCGUGGUGGCUGGCGUGCCUGUUGUUGCCUAUCCAGAGUGGACGGAUCAGCCAACGGAUGCCAAGCUCUUGGUUGACGUUUUCAAGAUGGGGGUGAGGAUGAGAAAUUGUGAAGAUGGGACACUAAGCGUAAAAGAGGUUGAAAGGUGCAUUAUGGAGAUUAUUGAUGGACCAAGAUCAGAGGAGAUGAAGGCAAGGGCAGUGGAGUUGAAAGAGGCUGCAAAGAAAGCAUUGGAAGAUGGUGGUUCUUCGAAUCAGAACAUUGACAAAUUUAUCAGUGAAAUCAGUGGCAAACCUUUCAGCAGUAACAUAUAA